AUGGAGAAAGAAAGGUUUGAAACUUCGAAAAGGAAAUCAGCUUCCAUUGACUCAAUGCUUGUCAUUUCCUGUAUUGUUGUCAUCGGACUUGGCGUCGGUUUCAUGUUCACAAACUACAUGAUAGAGAGUCCUGAAUGUUCUUCGUCGAUAGAGGGACACUACAGAUAUGCAGCAAUAUCAUCCGACACAGCAACCUGUGCAAGAAUUGGAGUAGAUUUAAUGGGUCGACAACAAGGUUCCGUGGUAGAUGCUGCAAUUGCCACCCUUCUUUGUCAGUGUGUUGAAAACAUACAUAGUUGUGGUAUCGGAGGAGGCCAUCUUAUGACUGUAUACCACAGGAAAACUAAAACAGCACACACAAUAAUUGCACGUGAAAUGGCACCAGGAGGUUCCUCAGAGGAAAUGUUUGUCAUGGGAAAUAAAUCCUCAAUCGAAGGAGGGUUAGCAAUUGGAAUACCAGGUAACAUUAAAGGUUUUUACGAAGUGUGGAAAAUUGGUGGAAAACUACCCUGGAGGGACCUCUUUCAGCCCGCCAUCAAAAAGCUUCGUGAGGGAUGGUCUGUUAAUUCCCUCUUAGCGAGAGCCAUCCAUAAACUGACAGAAUCAGACAUUCUUUUAAAACAGAAAAAUUUGAGACUAAUGGUUACAAAUCCUGAAACUAAUGAAGUAUAUACAGAAGGCGAGAUAAUCAAAAUACCAGGACUGGCCAAAACAUUUGAAGCUAUUGCCAAUGACCCACACACCAUGUACAAUGGUUCCAUGGCUAAAGAUAUUGUUGCUGAUAUUCGUGAAGCUGGAGGAAUUAUAACAGAAGAAGACUUACAAAACUACGUAGCAGUUGUAAAGGAACCAUUAGUUGUAAAACUGACGGACAAUUCAACCAUAUUCACACCGCCGCCACCAUCUAGUGGUGCAGUGUACGCCAUGAUUUUCAAUAUCGCUGAUAAGUAUGGAUUUACACCUGACAGUGUCUCCACCCCAGAAAAAUCUAUUCUGACAUGGCACCGAAUCGUUGAAGCCAUGAAGUUUGCUUAUGCAAAAAGGAGUAAUCUUGGAGACCCAGACAAAGAGAGUCAGAGUUUUAAAGAAAACAUCAAUUCGUUGAUAUAUAAUAUGACAUCAUCAUCCUAUGCUGAGUAUGUUAGAUCGAAAAUAUCGGAUAGUACUACACAGGAUACGAUCUUCUAUGGUCCAACAUACCACGACUCCUCAAACACUGGAACAUCCCAAUUAUCCGUCCUAGCGCCAAAUGGUGACGCAGUCUCUGUCACAAGUACAAUCAAUUUAUUUUUUGGAUCAAAAGUUGUCGGAAGUAGAACAGGCAUUAUUUUUAACAAUAACAUGGACGAUUUCUCCACGCCAAACACAGUCAGCUAUUUUGGAUAUCCAGCAUCUCCAGCCAACUUCAUUAAGCCCGGUAAAAGACCGUUAUCUUCGAUGUGCCCAAGCAUAGUAGUGGAUGCAAGGGGGCACGUUAAACUGGUGCUGGGAGCUUCAGGGGGGCCAAGAAUUAUAUCGGCUACAGCGCUAGUCAGCAUUGAAACACUUUGGUUUAAAUAUGGUAUAAAGAAAUCAAUAGACCACAAACGUCUCCAUCAUCAACUGUUUCCACCCCAUAUAAUGGUGGAGGAUGGAUUUGAUCAGCAAAUCGUCAACGGCUUAGAAAAACUUGGUCACAAUAUAUCUAUCUCACCAACUUCUGGUUCGAAAGUCCAGGGCAUACUGCAGUUAGAAGAAGGAAACAUUACAGCCAAUGCUGACUACCGGAAACGCGGAGCCCCAGAUGGCUACUAA